GUUUUCAUUAAUCUCAAUGGAAUAACCAUUUCCAUUUAACUCUUUAAAAAUCCACAAAAUUCCAGGUAUGAAUCUCAUUACACUUAGCUUACCUAGAGCUCACAAUUCGUGGGUAUACUGCGAAAAGUGACCAAGUCGAAUUUUUACCAAUUUUAAGGUAAUAAGUCCAACUAAGUCAUAAGCAGAUGCCGAAUACCUGGAGAGUGGAAGUGACCAAGUCUAAAUUAAGAAACUAGAUAUGACAACCAAAUUAUUUUCAAGAAAAACUGAUCAAGUUGACUUAUUCACUUUUCUAUGUAACUAGAAAUGUUAAUAUCUUUAAGAGAAAAUUGACUAUUACGACUUGGUCAUUAUUUCAUGUAAGCUUUGUUUGUUUAUAUUCGGUAGUCAUUCACGUGCAGGAAAAAAAUUAAUAGUUUAGUCUGUUUUAAAAUGAGUUCCAGAGGCAAGUUUUUAGUGAAAUUGUGUUUAGAUAAUGCUGAAGCUAAUACACAGCAAAAUAAUGAACCCGCUUCGUUAAUCUCAGAGACACAAAAAGUAUGUGUUUUACCUGUGGCAACCACAAAUGAAAAUUACAAUGACGAUCCUGAAUCCAUAGUAAAUAGUGUUGUUGAAGGCACAUUAAGCUCUACGCCAAGAAAGUUUCAAAACGACCUACCUACAUGCUCAGUAAAGGAAAAUACAUCUGAAAGCGAUUUAGAUUUUUCUUCUGGCAGCAGUGAUAAUUUACAUACCUAGUGACCACGAAAACAUGUCAAAUGGAAAAUCGUCUUCGGAAAGUGACACACCUGCCGCUUCAACACGUAGCUGUCGCUGGAAGAAAAGUGAUCCUUCUCAGUGGAAAAGGAAUAUUGCCAAAAAAAAUAAAAUGUCAAGUUUGCUUUAUAAAUCUAAAAAGGGCAUAGUGAAGCCAGCAAAGAAACCUAGAUUAAUUAACUGCGAGUCCUGUAAAUUUAAAUGCUCCUUAAAUUUUAGUGAUGAGUUGAGGAACAAUUUAUGUUCACAAUUUUGGGCUCUUGACUACAAAAGACAAAAAGACUUUAUUGUUUGUUAUGUUACAAGUAAGGAACCUGCUUGUAGAAGAGUUCGAUCAGGAACAGGUGCUCAAAAAACUAGUAGCAGAUUCUAUUAUUUUUUAAAGGAAGGCACAAAAGUUCGGGUCUGUAAAACAUUCUUUUUACGUACUUUAUGUAUUAGUCAUGGAUCAGUAGACAAAGCUUUUUCUGGGGUAAAUGAAUCAGGCAUAUUUUUUACUGAUGACAAACGUGGUCGAAGAACACCAGCUAAUAAGAAAAAACCAGAAAUCAUUGAAGCAAUAAAAGCUCACAUACAAAGUUUUCCAACCAUGGCCUCUCAUUAUUGUAGAGCAACAACUAAACGGAAGUAUUUAGAUUCUAUUUUAUCAAUAGUUAAAAUGUACGCUUUGUACGCUGAAGAAUCUGAAAAUGCCCAAAAAGAAUAUGCCUCCCGAAUAACUUACCGGCGGAUAUUUGGAACAGAGUUUAAUUUAUCCUUUUUCAAGCCUAAAAAAGAUCAAUGCCUGAUAUGUACCAACUACCAGGCUACAAAAUCAGCUGAUUUAAAGGAAAAUUAUGAGUCUCACAUUCAAAGACGGGAUGAAGCUAAUGCAACAAAAAACUCAGAUAAAGAACGCGCUCUGAACGACGAUAAUUUUGUAAGCGUUAUAAUUGUAUUAUUAUAUUUAUAAUUGUAGUAUUAUUGU